AAAGUGAUAAGUGAAAUCGAAGCUGAACUUUUUAAAGAAUCUGGCAGUCUAAAUGUAAUUAUUGCUUUGACUAUUUACCCAAACAGCUACUCACGAUAACUGUUCUUUCCUCAAGAUGUGGUGAUGCUUCUUCAAAGAAAUCAGGCUCACAGCAUAUGCACUGAAAUGCACUAUCUACAUGUCAAUCUGAUCCAGGGACACGGGUCAAAUGGCGUCAGAAGUUUGCCCUUUUCUUUGUUUUCAAGCUGGAUGAGAAGAACAAACAUCAAUAUCUUCUUUGCAAUGUUCAAUCGUCGUGGAAGACUGGCUCGUUUUAGUCCAGAUGCUGCUUUAAGCUUGGGAUUUAGUUCUACUACUACCACAGGCUCAACGAGAGACAAGUUCUCGAGAAUUGAUUCGUUAAACAACAGUGAUUUUUUGGACUUGGAUGAACAAGACGAGCUAAUUUCUUUGUAUAAUGACAUAAAUUAUGAAAAGACAAAGAAUUAUAUUAAAUUGCUAUUGGUUAUUUCGUUGGUCGAGGCUCCAUUUUUCUCUAAACUAAGAGUGUAUGGGGUUUACAGUUUGAAUUCAUUAUUGAUCAUAUUGAUGUCAAUGAUAAAUUUAAGAUAUUUGAAUUAUUAUUCUUUAAAUGAACUAAAAAUAAAAACUCGGAAAGAACUCGAGCCUGAUGAGAUAAAUUUCUUUAUAAAAUUUAUAAAUUUGUUUAACCAUAACGAUUGGUAUCAGGUAGUAUACAAUUCUGUUCAAAUAAUUUUAACAGUUCUCAAUAUUAGAAAAUUUAUCAUUGCUGAAAAUAAAUUUACAAAUUAUUUCUCCUUCUUUCUUUUAUUGCCUGUGGUUAAUUCGAUUUUAUGUUUGCUAAUUAAAUCCUGGACCUCUGACGUCUCAAAUGAUAUUAAAAAUCUACAAAAACUAAAAUACAAUAAAAAAAAUGUUUAGUAAACUAAAACUAUAAUACAAAACCAUUAAGCAUAAUUUUAAAUCUACUUGAAGGCUCUCAAUCUUCUUUGAAUAACCCCAUUUCCAAAAUUUUAAAGAACAACGGUAUUUGAUUUUUCUUUUCUAAUAAUUGGUUUUUUAAAAAAUCGUUUAGUUUUGAGUUAUCUUGCAGA